GCUUGAAGUUUGAAAUUUGACUAAUAAGUUGGGUCUUCUUUGACUGCCAUUCUUCCUAUAAAUUGCUGAAAAAGAAAUGGUUUUGGUUGAUUGGUCUCCAAGAUCAGGUAGUCUAAGACAAGUGUCAGAGCAAUUUGGUUCCUGCAGAAAACUGGGGCUUUUGAAUUGAGUUUCUUUGAAUGAUCCAUGAAUAAAAGCGUGCUUGUGUGAUGAGAAAUGAGCUAAAGAAGGGUUCAUCCAUCUUUGAUGAAGCUUCAGGCUUCAGUGGUUCUUCAUGGAGUUGAAAAACAUACUUGAAGAUCAAAUGGCUACUCCUUUGUGGUUCUUCAGAUUCCCACCACCAUUGAUUGUGAUUCUUGCUCCAUUACUUAUAUUGGUGGGUUUGAUAUUGGGCUUUAGUUUCUACUCCAUCUUCCUAACAUCUAUAGCAUUGAUACUGUCAACUAUUUUCUUCACAUGUUCCAAGCAAAAACCUGUUCUGCUUGAGAAAUUAGUUGAAGAGGAAGUUGUUCUUAAAUCUGAUAAUGGAAGUGCUGCUACACAAGAGAAGGAAGUUCAAGAAGCAAGUACGAAUAGUGAGGCUUCCAAAUACUUGGCAGCACCACAAAGUUCAACACCAGAUUUGGUAGCAGAAAGUGCAUGCCUUGACGACUUAUCAUCCAGUGGGGACUCUGAAGUACUUGACUGGCCAUUUGGAGACAAUGUGGAUCGUAGUCCGGAUUGCUCAGACGGUUCCAUCUCCGAUGAGGAAAGCCUUAUCGAGAUAUCCCUUUCCGGUGAAUAUUAUGUUGAUCAUGACAAGGAAGAAGAGUCCAUCUUUAGUCUGCAGCAGAAAAUGUCAGGUUUGUCACAGAAGGCCAUUUUCCAACAGCAUACUCUAUUUGAGUUCUUAGCUGAGAUCAAUGAGGAAGAAAAUAUGAUUGAAAUUGACAUAUCCAUGGGAUCUAUCAAGUGUUCAAGGUUCGAGAUUGAAGCUUGAUUGAAGAGUUUGCUAGCCCAUUUUCACAGUUCACCAUAUUUUGAGUUUUUGAUCCUCCUGGAUUUGGU